AUGAAGAGGGAUAUGUUCAAUCAGUUCCUCUUGUUUUUGCUGGUGAUCCUCUUCUAUCCAUGUUUGUUGGAUUCACAUUCUCUGCACCUGAAUUCCACAACCAUUACUUUCUCUAGUUGCCUCCCUCACCAAAGCUCUAUUUUACUCCAAUUUAGAACUGAGUUUACAUUUCAGAGGCGUGAAUACUAUGAUGGAUAUCCGAAGAUGAAAAAUUGGAAGUCUGGCAGUGACUGCUGUUCUUCUUGGGAUGGUGUCUCAUGCGAUAUGGCAACUGGUUAUGUAAUAAGCCUUGACCUCAGUGACAGUUGGCUUCAUGGGUCUCUGCGUUCUAAUAGCAGCCUUUUCAGCUUGCUUCAUCUUCAAAAGCUCAACCUUGCCUUCAACAACUUCAACUAUUGCCCGAUUCCUUCAGAGUUUGGCCAACUUUCAAGGUUAACCCAUCUCAACCUCUCUAAUUCUAUGUUUUAUGGGCAUAUUCCAAUAUUUGAAAUUUCAAGGCUUACAAAUUUGAUUUCACUUGAUCUUUCUUUCAAUGGUUAUAUGAAAGAAGGAGAAUUUGGAAGGCUUACCCAAAACAUGACCAAUUUAAGACAACUUUACCUUGAUUCGGUGCAAAUUGAUUCACCUGUACCUACUCACUUUGCAAAUUUAUCUUCCUUGACACACCUUUCUUUUCAGGGGUGCAAUUUGCUUGGUGAGUUUCCAAAUGAUCUCUUCAAUUUGCCUAACUUACAGUUUAUCCAGUUGUCUGUCAACAACAAUCUUUCCGGUUCUUUUCCUGAAUUUCGUUCUGGCAGUAUGCUCAAGUUAUUGAAUCUUGCUGAUACAAAAUUUUCAGGAAAAAUACCAAAUUCGAUUGGCAACGUUAAAUCCUUGAAUAGUUUGACUCUCUCUUCCUGUAGUUUUUUGGGGAUUAUUCCUUCUUCGAUUGGGAAUCUUACUGAACUUAUAUAUCUUCUCCUUGGGGGAAAUGGAUUUAGCGGUCAAAUUCCAUAUUCACUAGGAAACCUCACACAGUUGGAACAUUUGGUUCUUGAAAGUAAUUCUUUCAGUGGCAAACUCCCAAUAUCACUCCCACGUCGUGUCAAAUCUAUCGAAUCUAGUCACAAUGAUCUGACAGGUUCAAUUCCAUCCAUUAUUUCUAACUUGACGUUCCUUGAGUGGCUUGAUCUGUCAGAUAACUCAUUCACUGAAGUCAUUCCUGGCUCUUUAUUUAAACUGCCUUCCUUGAGAUACUUCUCUUUGGAAAACAAUCAGUUUACAGGCUAUCUUGACAUCCAAAAUUUCUCUAAUUUAUCCCAAUUAAAAUCUCUGAUAUUAAGUGGAAACAACUUAACAGGACAUAUUCCAAGUUCAGUGUCCAAAUUCACAAUGCUUUCCUAUCUUAACCUUGAUUCAAAUGAUUUAAGUGGCAAACUCGAUUUUGGCAUCUUUUCAGAGAUGAGUUCGCUUUCUUAUCUUGAUCUUUCAAAUAACAGAGGCUUAUUUAUAACAAAUUUAAGUACGACAUCCAAUCUCUCCAGUCAAUUUCGGGGAAUAUAUUUAUCCUCUUGCAACAUCCGAGAGUUCCCUAUGUUCCUGAAAACGCAAGGUAUAUGA